ACCGCUAGACAGCCGUUGACGCACAAAGAUCGCCUGUUUUACUUCAGUCUCUUGAACGCAACCACCGUGAAAAUCUUAAGUUCGGCUUCAGUCGAGCGACAGACAUUACUUUCUAUAAGUGUAAUGUAAGUGCAGUGAAUGUGUAGGAUGGACGGAGGUGUUUCUGAGUUACCUGGUCCCUCUCCUCCCCUCUCUGCUCUGCGCCUCCUAAUCCCACCGAUCCGGCUGGUCUCUGCAGCCAUCUGGCAGACGGUGGAGCAGAAAAUUGUGACGGAUUAUGGGCUGCUUGAGGAGUUUGUAUUCAUGGUUACGGAGAUGGUCCCUCAACUUCUCUCCACAAGGCAGCGGGCUGAACUCAUUUUGGGACUCAGAGCACGGCUGAUCCUGGAGCUGUGUCGCUCUGAGGAGACUGCUGACCUCCAGGUUAUACAGCCGCAUCUUGAUCGAAUGCAGAACCUCAGAUCUCUGUGGAACAUAGAAACCGAAAAUGCAGAACAAGAAGUAUCUGACUCACAUUUCAUGGGCCUUGUCCAAAAUCUGCUGAGAGAUCCUGAGGAGAGAAGAAACUUCUUCCAGGAUGUUUUCCCAGCAGACUUUGGCCCCACAUAUGACAAAGCAAUCCAGACACUGAUGUGGCUUUUUCUGUCCAGACUUGAAAAGCUUCUUCCCACCCAAACUCUUCAACAGAUUGCCUCCAUGCUCAGCGAUGCCUCCUAUAUUCUGAAUGAAUGCAUGGAGAUUUUUGCUCAGCCUCAGGAGCUUAAGACCUUGCUGGACACUCAGAAAGACCUCAGCCAGUUAGAGGACAUUGAAUCUUAUGUUGUUGACAGUGGCAUCCUCUCAGCACUGUGUCUCCCCCCUGUGGAAAGAGUUGUAAUCGUCAAUGAACAAACGGAAACUGAUGCAGAGAGCGGACUCAUGUAUACAGUCUGCUCAGAGAUGGAGGUGGAAUCUGAGAAUAAAGAGGUGUACGUGGAAGGAACUGGGCCCUCUGAAGAGUGUGUGCAAACCCAGUGGUUUGGUCUCGGCAGCGAGGUGAAAGCAGAAAUGGACACUGUGGUGGUCACAGAUCCUGUUGUGGGCACUGAGGUCAGUGACAGUGAAAUGGCAGAUGAUCAGCAGGACCACCAAUCUGGAACACUGAUCAUUGGGGAGGACGGCCAGGUGACGGUGCUCGAUGGCGUGGAAAAGAAGCCAAAUAGGCGCGGGAGGAAAAAGAAGCGUCCCGCGGAUCAAGACUUCGAAGUGCCAAGCAGAACGAGGGCUGAUCCAGAUCCAGAAUAUGAUGUCUUGUGGGAAAGACCAGUGCGGAAGAACCGUGGACUCAAGAUGAAACGGUACCUGUCGCAGUGGAGAAAAUCAGGAAAGGCUCAGGGCAGUAAUACAAACAGUGGCCCUAAAAAGUUAACCAGAUCCCAAGAUUCAACCAAAAGAAAUGACUUGGAUGAGAGGACAUGCAAAGUAUGCGGCAAGGUAGUGAGUAGUGCCAAGUUCUUAGAGCGCCACAUGAAUCGACACACAGAGGAGCUGCCCUUUUCGUGUCCUGCGUGUAAGAGGUUUUACAAGAGCAUGCGUUACCUGCAGCAACACAGAUGUCCAAAUCAGGUGAAAGCAAAACCUGGCAGGAAAGCAAAGGAACCAGAGACUGCAGCAGAUGAGGGUGAACAGUCAGUCAGUGAGGUUCCUGGCGAUGCAACCAAUGAAGAGCAGCCGUCAGACAGCUCAGCCCAGGACCCUGAUGACCCAGACAGGGGGGCUUCCAGAGAAGGAGAAGAGAAAAGCCCUGACGGAAACAAAAGUGUGAUAGAAGGUCCCUUCUACUGCCCUCACUGCAGUGUUGAGUUCAAGUGCAAACAAACUUUUAGGUUCCAUUUAAGAAACAUUUGCUACAAUGAGCAACAGGUGGAUCCUGAGCAGCCUGAGGAUGUGAAGCACUGUUUCAGGUGCGAUGAAUGUGACAAGGCAUUCAAGUACAAAUCAACAUUAGAUUCCCACAAACAAACUCACAACCCGCUCUACUGCGAGGUGUGCAUGAAACUGGUACGAGACCCGGAGGCAUUGGCAAUGCACAAAGAAUCCCACACUCCAUUUCAAUGUAACCAGUGUGAGGAGAAUUUCCCCGUGUUUAAGGCCCUUCAUAAGCACUACAUCGACGUCCACAAUCCCACUGAGCCUUUUACCUGCACCCACUGUCAUCAACCGUUUGCUAGUUUGAAGCGUUUCAUCAGACAUGAGUGGAAACACACGGGUUACCAACCAUUUCAGUGCCCUCACUGCACCAAAAGAUUCCGAUCAUACUCUGACUUAGUGGAACACCAGAAAAAACACACAAAAGCAUAUCCGUUCCUCUGCUGGGAGUGCGGCAAGAAAUUCAGGCAUGGCGUGACAUUGACGAGGCACGUGGAGCGUGUGCAUCACUCUGGUGAACCUUUAACCGAGAAACCCACGCCAAUCUUCACCUGCGCUCAGUGUGGGAAAACCUUCACUUCCAGAAGAUGCCUUCUGAAGCAUGACAACUUCCAUCACAAAGGGCUGCGUUUCCCAUGUGAGCACUGUGGGAAGGGAUUCUUUGGCAAGGACGCUUUGGUGAGGCAUACUUUGAUUCACACGGGCGAAAGGCCUUUCAAGUGCGACGACUGCGAUAAGUCUUUUAGAUCUGCUGCAGAACUAAAGAUACACAGGAGAUACCAUACCGGGGAACGACCAUUUAAGUGCAACAUCUGUGAAAAAGGUUUCGUCCAAUCCUGCUUUCUUACUUUACACAUGCGAACCCAUACAGGAGAGAGACCAUAUGUUUGUACAGUAUGUAGUAAGGGCUUUUCAAGUUUGCAUGGCUUAAAAAGACACAGGAGACUUGUUCAUGCGUAGUUAAUGUUAUCAUGCUACUAAUUCACAUUGGGAUGUUCUGUUAAACGUUCCCCUAUUGAAGGAGGUCAGAGGUCAGCAUUAGAUGAAGACCAGAACAUGAGGAACUGGUGAGGAUGUGACUUUGCUCAAGGACUUUUCAGCAGUGUGGAUGUUGACUGAGAUGGGGAAUUAAAACCAUGUUUUCCAGUUGAAGGACGUUUCCUUAAAAUAUCAGCCACAUUUCUGUUUCUGCGGCUGUCACAGCUUGGAUUGUUGGGAUAUGUGUAAAUGUAUAGUGCAUUAUAAAUAUGUAACUUUGUAUUUUUUACAGAAAUGUUUGCUGUAGUUCUACAUAAGAUUUGUAUGUAUAAAUGAUAUAAUCCUCGAUUCCUUUAGGAAUUGAUUUCUUUUUCUUGAAUAAAUGAUCAUUUGAUUCCAAGUAUCA